AUGUCAGGCUCUCGAGCUGUCUUUGACGGGCUGUGGCGCUGCCUUUGCCCUUCAGCCGAUGCAUACGUCGCGGCCAGACUCCUCAACUCGCCCUCUCUCCCUAGAGUCUCGAUCGCGACGAGCCACCGAAGGCGACCCGUUCCGUCUUCCCGCGGCCCCGCCAUUCGCACACAAUGCCGUCGACACGCGACUACCGCGGCCUCCGUACCACGCUCGGAAAGGAAUUCGGCGCUGGCCGACGAUGAUAGAGCUCCAACAGACGAUACAGCCUGGUCGGAAGGACAGCAGGACACGGCGCCGACCGAAGCCAAUGCGCCCGACCCAAACGAACAGCUGCGAGCUGCGCCGCUGUCCGCCAUAUACGAUGCCUUGCGAGUUCUGAAAGGCCAGCCAAAGAGCUUUGACAAAGUUACAACCUUCAUCACACACCUUGCCCAGUACCGGAAAGCCGAGUUGAGCCCCCAGCUCUACGAGCACCUUAUCGUGGCGACGGCCGACGUCAAGGGCUCGGCGGCGAUGUUGGCGCAGCUGUUUGCCGAGAUGAAGCAGCUGCAGAUCAAGCCGACCAUCUCCAUCUGCCAUGCCGCGCUGGCUGUCCUCGCCGUACACCCCGACUACCUGGUCCGAAACGAGGUCAUUACGGCCCUGAAGCAGUCGUGGGCCGAUGUCAGCGUCGACGGGCAGAGCCACAUUGCUCUCGGCCUGCUCCGCGAUGGACAGCUAGAGAUGGCGCUCGACGCGCUGGAGUCUUUGAUGGACAAGCAAGUCGCCAUCCCCUCGUGGGUCUACGACAUCUUCAUGUUCGUAUUCGCCCAGCACGGCUUCGUCGACGAGGCCAUCAAGCUGGCCCAUGGUAAGGUCCAUACCGGGAGUGAAGUGAAACUCGCCGUGUGGUAUAUGCUCCUCGACACAUGCGCGCUUGCGUAUCACUACGAGGGCACCAAGUACAUCUGGGGUCGGCUGCUGGACACGGACAGGGAGCACCUGUCGGACGGCGUCCUGCUCAACGUCAUGAACACGGCCACGAGACAGCACGACUUUGAGCUCGCCACGAGCGCGGCUCGCCUCGUCACGCAGAGGGGAAGCAAGCUAUUUGCCCACCACUACGAAGCUCUGAUCGAAUGCUACGGCGGCGCAGGGGACAUGACGAGUGCCCUGCGGGUCCUCUGCAUCAUGUUCAGGGCCAUCUCCGUCGCGCCCUACGCCAGCACCCGCUCGAUCUACAGCUGGAUCAAGAAGCACCCGGAGAGCAUCGACUCGGCGCUGCAGACCCUGACGGAGCUGGUCCCCAACUACAAGGUCCCCAUCGCAGCCCUCAACGUCCUAAUCGAGGUUGCCGUAGACUGCCACGGGUAUGCCAAGGCGUUGGAGAUCUACAAGAACGCGCACAAGUACACCGAGGCGGCCCCCAACCACGUCACCAUCCGGUACGUGCUCCAGGCGUGCGACGACCUGGAGUCCCUCAAGGCGCUAGUGGCGGAGAACCCGGAGCUGGCGCUGAAGGGGGACCCGGGGGUCUUUGGCAAAGCCGUCUACGAGUACGCCGUGGCCGGAGACCUCGACCUGGCGUACAGGUGCGUCGCGCUGUACGGCGAGCCCCCCGCGGCGUCUGCCGAUGAGGGGGAGGCGGAGAAGCCCGGCAAUGCGGAGCCGUGGAUCCCCAAGAAGACGCUGCUCACGCUCGUCAGGAAGUCGCUCGACGUGCAGGACGAACGCGUCUGGUGGCUAAUCGAGCAGGCCGAGAGGCGGAACAUGGACGUACAGUCGGGCAUCGCGAAGCUGAUGGCUUCCUUUGCCGAGGAGAUCAAGCGCAGCACGGGGCUGGCGCAGGAGGACCGCACUUUCACCGAGGGCCUGGAGCCGCAGCAUCACUCCACGUCGUGA